AUCCCCCUUUCUCUCUCUCUCUCUCCUCUUCUUCUCCCUUUAGUCAAUCAUUCAAAAACUCAAAAGUCAUCCCCAACCCAACCCAGAUGUUCUUUCCUUCCUCAAGAUUUUAAUUCCCUCAACACAUCACAUGGCUUCUCCCGGAGGAUCUUACUGGUGUUACAGCUGCAGCCGCUUCGUCUGGGUCUCCGACUCCAUCUCCUGCCCUGACUGCGACGGUGGCUUCCUCGAACACAUCCAACAAACCCUAGAUUUCACCCCUUCCCGUCACCACCACCGUAGCCCCACCCGCUUCCCUCCCCCUUCCUCCUCCUCCUCCGCCAUGCACACGGCCGAGAACAGCCCCACUCCCCCUCCUCCUCCCCCCACCGUUACCCGAACCCGAAGCAAUUCAAGCAACCGAUCUCCCAACCCGGUCAUCGUCCUCCGCGGAGGAUCCAACAACCCGGAAGGCUUAGACAGAUCCGCCUUCCAGAUGUACUACGACGACGGCACGGACUCUGGCCUCAGGCCGUUACCUCCGAGCAUGACGGAGUUUCUGUUAGGCUCCGGGUUCGAUCGGUUGUUAGAUCAGAUCUCUCAGAUCGAACUAACAACCACCAACAAUAACAGUAACUCAUAUGAUAACCCGCCAGCUUCUAAAUCCGCCAUAGAAGCUUUACCAGUGAUCGAGAUCGAUCCGUCUCAUCUCGACUCGGAUUCUCAAUCUCACUGCGCUGUUUGUAAAGAGAAUUUUAUAUUGAAAUCCGCCGCGCGGGAGAUGCCUUGUAACCAUAUCUACCAUCCCGAUUGUAUCCUCCCCUGGCUCGCGAUUCGAAACUCGUGUCCCGUGUGUCGCCACGAGCUUCCGGUGGAGGAUGGUGGUGGAGAGACGGCCGUGGUGGCAAAUGAAGAGGAGGAGGAUUCGGCCGCGGGGCUGACGAUUUGGAGGUUGCCGGGGGGAGGAUUCGCGGUGGGGAGGAUUCCGGGAGGGUGGAGAGGAGGAGAUAGAGUGAUGCCGGUGGUGUACACGGAGGUUGAUGGCGGGAGACUCGGAGGAGGAGACGAGAGGCUUCCGAGGAGAGUGGUGUGGGGUUCAAGAAGAGGAGGGAGAGAAGGUGGAGGUGGUGGUGGUGGUAGAGAGAGAUCCGGCGGGUUUGCGGGUCGGAUUAUGAGAUUAUUCGGAUGUUUCAGUGGGUCAUCUGGAUCCGUACCUGCUUCAGGGUCCGGGUCCGGGUCUGGAUCAAGAUCAUUCCGGAGGAGCAGCUCGUCGUUUUCUAUGUUCAGGACUGCUUCUUCAAGGAGACGACAUUAGCUAUUAGCUUAAUUUAUCUUAAGGUAAGAACACAAAACAUGAAGAAACUAAACUCUCCUAUUUAAAUUUUUUUACAUUUGUAAGAUUUUUUUUUUUUGUGUUCUUCAGUGUAAUAAUGAUUAUAUUCUAUGCGAGUAAAAUUGAUACAUAAGCUUUAGGGUUUCGUGAGA